UGGUGGGCGCUGUCUGGCAGGCAGUGGGAGCUCUGCGGCCUCAGGAAGCUGCCGCUGCCUGUGGUAGCUGUGGCACUUGGCAGCUGGUGCUGUGUGGGCAGCUGUCAGCUUUAGCCUGGAGCUGGGCCCAGCUGGGGGGGCUGGGAGAAAGCAAGCAGCCCAAGGAGCCAGGCAGCAGGGAAGUGUCUGUCCCAGUGCCACUUUGUCCCACACGGAAGCCUGGCUGGGAGAUGGGGCUGCAGGCCGCUCCAUGGCGGGGUGCCUUGCCCGGGGCUGCAGCGCUCAUGGCUGACCCUCUCCUCACAGUGACCUCGCAGACGGCCUCUGGGGCCAAGCGUCGAGAGGAGCCGCUGCGUGGGAACUGGCAGAAGGACACAGCCACUUGUGACCCACAGCAGGCCUUGCUCAAGGCACUGUCCUUGCUGGGCAGCGAUGACUGGGAGCUGAAGGAGAAGGCGCUCUCCAGCAUCGCACAGCUGGCUGGGUCCCAUUCAGAAGUCUUGCUUUGUAGACUUCGUGAAAUUUGCCUGGCAGUUACCAGUGAGGUGACCAACCUCCGCUCCAAGGUGUCCUACUCUGCAAUCGUCACUCUUGGAGAGCUCUUUGCAGCCUUGAAGAAGGACAUGGACUCCGUGGUGGAUGAGGUUGCUCGGGUCCUUCUCCAGAUGGUUUGGAAUUCCCCAGAGUUUCUGGAGAAAGCAGCCAAUCAGACCCUGGGGAUCAUGGUGGAGAACGUGACUCCUGCACGAGCACUGGCUGCUCUCAUGGACAGGGGAGCCAAGUAGGUUCUUCUUCUUCUAGUGAUCUUCUUCACCUUCUAGUGUGUGCGUGGGGGAAGGGAUGAGAGACAGAAUGGGAAUGGUGGGAGGGAAGGCUCCUGCAUCCUGCAUCUUCUGUGAAGUCAGGGACUUCAUUCCCCCAUCAACCUCACUUCUUUCCUCUUGUCACCUGUUUCUGCCCUCCUGCAGCCUAUAAGUUCACAGAAUCACAGAGCUGUAGAAUAUGGGGAGUUGGAAGGGGCCCAUCAGGAGCAUCGAGGUCAGCUCCUGGCCUUGCACAGAACACCCCAAGGAUCACACCAAGUGCCUGAGAUUGUUGUUAAAAUGCUUCUUCAACUCUGUCAGGCUUGGUGCUGUGACCACUGCCCUGGGGAGCCUG